ACUCAUCUAAACACAUUAUAACCUAAUUAUCAAAUCAAAACCAAGAUGAUAAGAUAUAUUGCUCUAUCACAUGCCUAACUAGCUAUUUCACCACCCAUUUAUGCCACUCACAGUUCCUCUCUCAUCUCAUGGCAGAUUUCAAUGUAGAGUUUCACAACCUUAAACCUUUAUUCUCAGAGAUGAACAACUCAAACAUGGACCUGCUAAACAACCUCAGUUCAUUUGAGAAUCUCAACUCACAUGUUCAAGGGCUUGUUUCUUUAUCAUCCAAUCAUGACAGUUUCUUGGAUCAUCACCACCAUCAACUGUCACAGCUUCCUAUGACUUUCACUGAUACUAAUAUUCAAAGCUCUGUCCAUUCUGAUAGUCCUUUUUAUGAUCCACUCACUCAUUUCCUUCCAUCAACUGAAGGUCCAAGCCUUGAAGACAAUAGCUUGAAAGGGACAUCUGAAACAGAUAAUAAGAAGAAGAGAAAUUAUAGCUCUGGUGGAAAAAAGAGAAAGAGAGGCAAUGAAAGAGAAGUGGAGAAGCCAAGAGAAGUUAUUCAUGUGAGAGCAAAGAGAGGUCAAGCUACUGAUAGUCACAGUCUGGCAGAAAGGUUAAGAAGAGAGAAAAUAAAUGAGAAGUUGAGAAGCUUGCAGGACUUGGUUCCAGGAUGUUACAAGACAAUGGGAAUGGCGGUAAUGUUGGAUGUGAUAAUAAAAUAUGUUCAAUCUUUGCAGAAUCAAAUUGAGUUUUUGUCAAUGAAGCUUUCAGCAGCUAGUUUGUUCUAUGACUUCAACUCAGAGAUGGAACCAAUGGAAACAAUGCAGGUGACAAAUGGGUUCGAGGCUCAAGGGAUGGAACGGACGGUAGGAGAAGGGUAUGGAGGAGGGUUUUCUCACUUUCCACCACCAUCAGCAUGGCCUCUUUGACCUAAGUUUUGGUUCCAUCACCUUCUAUUCUAUAGCCCUUCUAUAUAUAUAUAUAUACAUAAUCACAAUAAUAUGGCCUCUCUCUGCCUCUCUUCUUUCUUCCCCGAAUUGAAGGUGAUCUCCAUCUUCUUCUUCAUCCUUGAAGCAUGCAUAUACAUGAAAAUGGCACUUGUAUUAUAAUCCUCCAUCAACAUUUGCCUGACAAAAUAAAAAUCAAUGUUAUAAACAACUAUAAAGUGAUAUAUACAAUCUCUAUUUUCUUCA